AUGGGCGUCACCGAAGCGGCCCCGGGCGGCGCUCCGCCGGGCUCCAGCAGUUUCACGUGGGACCUACACCCGCCUGGACCCGGGCGCGUACACCCUGUGGCGGAAAGCUGGGGAGCCCAAUGUCCGCAGACCCAGCGAAGCAGGGUCGACGCCGUGAAUCAGGUGUUUCGAGAAGCGAGGGGCGCGAGCUUCCAUAGUGCGGGGGAAGGUGCCUGCUUCCUCCGUCGGGGCCGCACUUUCACGGUACAUCCAACUCCAAGGCGGCAACCAGUGGCCUGGACUUUCAGGUUGUGUCCUCAUAGGCGGGGACAGAGGACGCUUAGGGAUGCCCUGUGGGAACGCAGCUCCUCUCCACGGCCCGGUCCAGCGGGGAGUCCGAAACGCCACGUUGCGUUAUCUCAGUUCCCAGCAUUCACUACCCCUGGAAGGACCCCGGGCGCCGAGUCAACUCAGCGGAGUCUCCGGCCGGGCUAUAAGGACCCGGGAACAGCAGGAAAACACGCGAGGCGCCGCUUUCGCGACCGCCCCAAACCCAUCUUUUCUUCGGGAACUGCCCGCAAGACUUGGGGCUGGGGAGUGGAGCUGCUUCUCCGCACUCCCACUGCCCUCCGGAGCCCAGCACGUAGCCGGGCAGGAAAGGUGAAGCGUCUACAAGGCCUCAAUUUCGAAACCGGACUCGGAAAAUCCCGAUUUCCUGUCCCAAUAAGAUGCCUUUAUUGUGGCCGCGUCCGCUCUCGCCUCGGACGGCGGGGACUCUGGGGGCCCCUUACUGGGCCUGCUCUAUACGCAGCCCCGCCCUGGAUUUGAGUUUCUUGUUUUACAUCCGGGAAUUAGUCACUCCAGGAGUCCUGGCGGGAGGGAGUGGGGGGAGAGAGGAAGUUGAGGACCUAAGGCCAUUGAAGGUGAAGAUGCGAGGAGGGGCGCCCUUAGGCCGACCCGCUGCCUCCCACCCGGACUCAGAAUGUGUGCCCCAGGACAGAGGAAGCGGCACUGUAAAAGUGGCACAUUUAGCUGGGUUUGAGUUUCUGACACGGAUUAAAACCAAGGGCGGAGACUUACACUCCAGGACUGCAGCGCACUCCCGGAUCCUGCUCACUUCAUUCCUCCACCCACCUGCGGCCUUGCCGGACCCUGGGAAUCUUAAAAAUGCUGUCCCACAGUCCCUGCCGUCUCUGGAACUGCAGCAGGUGCUCAGCCCCAGGAUGGCUCCAGGCGCACUGACCGCAUCCUCCAUGAAACCACAGGGACCCACGCCUCUUGUAAAUCUACUCAUCUGUAAAAUGGGAAUAAUGGAACCUCCCUCAUAGAGUUGUGAAAACGCACGUGCCACGUUUUACCUGCAGAAGCUCAACUAACCCGUCAAACAGCCUGGUCGGGGAGGUAUUUCUACCCUUCUUGUCACUGAUGAAGAAACUGAGACCUAGAGAGGGGGCCUAGCUUGCUCAGGCCGCUUCAACUAGAAAAAGGCCAAGCUGAAUUCGCAUUCAGGGCACUCUCCUCUUGCACAGUAAGGGGGCCGAGACUGGGGCCGAGCCGCGCAAGGGCGACUCCACGUUCCCUCGGUGGCCUGGAGGACUGAAUUCUCGACCAGGCGACCAAAAAUAACAACCAGCAGGAGCCGAGACCCGAGAGUCAGACCCCACCCAACCCAGCCAGAAAUGAGGGAGAACUGGAGGGGGUCGCGCGGGGGCGGGGCCAAAGCCCCACGUGCGCCGCCUGCAGCCGCUUCAAGAAGCCCUUUGUCGCGAGCAGCCGCGUUCGUGCCGCACUCGGAGGCUUAAAAUAAAGACAAUGUUCCCAGCCUCCCUGCGGCUAAAUCGGGCGCGAGUGCGGGGGUGGUGAGCGAGCCGGGCGGGAGCGCUUCUCCAGGCCGUACCUCUCUUCUCCCCUCCUGCCUCAGUUUCCCCAUCUGAUAAGGGCGACCUAGCCAAGUCUGGGCGGGGACGUCA